ACUCACUCACUCACUCACUCGGUCUCGUGUGCAAAUAGGCCCGGAUAACGCGAAGUCAUUAGUCGUAAACGAAAACUAGGAUUGUCCAGGUAGAAGAGUGCGGAUGGAAUGGUCGAUGCACAAGCGAGCCGCUCCCCGUUGUCCAGGACCCAUUCCACUUUUUAGUGUCGGCUAAACGGCCGCCGGAAGUCCGAGGAUCGCGCGCACCGCCUUGGCCUGGGCCCCCCUCCACCGUCGCUUUUCCGCGGGGGAAGCGGCGGGCGGACCUUUUCCGAGCGUACAAAAGGAGCAGCGCGAGUCGUCGCCCGCUAACAUGUCCACGGCCCGAUGGCUGGGAUCGGGGUUGCGCACAUCAAGCUGGUCAAACUUGCGGGAGUCGCGAUACUACUGGAGCUCGCUGUCGAGGAGGAUCGGGAUUGAGCGGCACCGGGGUGCACGCGACCUUUUAUCCUUACACGUCGAACGCGGAAGGGAGUCCAAGAUGCCCAUCACCGUGGAGACGCGCUACCCGCAAGUGGCCAAGCUGAUGGUGAGCCACGCCGUAAAAAAUUCGAGUACCAAGUACGACGGGCACGAGAGGAUCGCGGACACGCCCGUGACCGGAGGCAGCGCUGGCGCACCCCUGGCCCCCAAAGUCCGCGCCUACAUCGAGGAGGCGGUCAGGCUCUGCCGACCCGAUGAUGUCUACGUCUGCGACGGCAGCGACCUGGAGAACGCGCGGCUACUCAAGCUCUUGGAGAACCGGGGCACCAUACAGGCUCUGCCCAAAUACGAGAACUGUUGGUUAGCAAGGACGAAUCCGGCAGAUGUAGCCCGCGUUGAAAGCAGAACGUUCAUCAGCACUUGCGAUGGUAAGGAGACGAUUCCGACUCCUCGCAAUGGGAUUAAGGGAACUUUGGGCAACUGGAUCGCACCGGGCGAUAUGGACAAGGCAGUAUUGGAACGUUUUCCGAAUUGCAUGAAAGGCCGGACGAUGUACGUGAUCCCGUUCAGCAUGGGUCCGGUGGGCUCGCCACUCUCGAAGAUCGGCGUCCAGGUGACGGACUCGGCCUACGUCGUCUGCUCGAUGCGCAUAAUGACGCGCAUGGGGGAGAGCGUGCUACGGUGCCUCGAUAAGCGGGACUUUGUCAAGUGCCUCCAUUCGGUCGGCGUCCCGAGCCCCGACUCUAGCCUCCGGGUCGACGAGACCUGGCCCUGCGACCCCGAGCGCACCAUCAUCCUCCACAAGCCCGCGACGAACGAGAUCGUCUCUUAUGGGAGUGGCUACGGGGGCAACUCCCUCUUGGGGAAAAAGUGCUUCGCCUUGAGGAUCGGCUCGACCAUCGCCAGGGACGAGGGAUGGCUCGCCGAGCACAUGCUGAUCCUCGGGGUGACGAAUCCCAAGGGUAAGAAGCGGUACAUCGCCGCCGCGUUCCCCAGUGCCUGCGGCAAGACCAAUCUCGCAAUGCUGAAGCCGACCCUACCUGGCUAUAAGGUCGAGUGCGUGGGUGACGAUAUCGCGUGGAUGCGAUUCGACAGCCAGGGUAGUCUGCGGGCCAUCAAUCCGGAGAAUGGCUUUUUUGGCGUGGCGCCGGGCACGAGCUUGUCAACCAAUCCAAACGCCAUGGCUGCCAUAUUUAAGAAUACGCUCUUCACCAAUGUCGCAAAGACGAGCGACGGCGGCGUUUUUUGGGAGGGAUUGGAGAAUGAGGUGGCUGACGAUAUUCAGAUCACGGACUGGCAGGGAAAGGCCUGGGGACGCGACUCCAAGACGACCGCGGCUCACCCGAACUCGCGCUUCUGUACCCCGGCGAGCCAGUGCCCGAUAAUCGACCCCUGCUGGGAGGAGCCCCAGGGUGUGGCCAUCGAUGCGAUACUUUUCGGCGGUCGACGGCCCGAGGGGGUACCUCUUAUCUACCAGGCUCGCGACUGGCAACACGGCGUCUUCAUCGGGGCCACCAUGAGAUCCGAGGCAACAGCCGCCGCCGAGCACCAGGGCAAGGUGAUAAUGAACGACCCGUUCGCUAUGCGACCCUUCUUUGGCUACAAUUUCGGCCGAUACCUGAGCCACUGGCUGAGCAUGGCGCAAGUGCCGAAUGCCAAACUACCCGCGAUCUUCCACGUGAACUGGUUCCGCAAGGGUCCGCGCGGCUUCCUCUGGCCGGGCUUCGGUGAGAACUCGCGCGUCCUCGACUGGAUUCUACGUAGAAUCGACGGCGAGGAUAAUGCCGUCAACUCGGCAAUUGGACUCUUGCCCAAGCCGGGUUCCCUCGACCUCAACGGCUUGCCCGAGAAGAUCGAUCUCGAGGAACUGUUCAAUCUACCCAAGGAUUUUUGGCAGAAGGAAGUGGUCGAGCUCCGAGAUUACUUUGACGCUCAAGUUGGCGACGAUCUACCCGAGGCCAUAACUUGCGAGCUCGACACUCUCGAGGAAAAUGUUGCUAAAAUUUGAAGUCCUCGUUAAGACCCGAUGAUAUCUAUUAU